AUGGUGAAGGUGCCGCUGGUGACCGCGGUGACCACGGUCUUCAGCUACGGCCUCAUCUUCGCCUUCGGCCACCUCCGCGACUUCUUCCGCUUCGUCUUCUCCGCCGCCGGCGACGGCGACGGCUCGCCGGCCAGCAGCAAGGGUUACGCUCCGAUUUGCGGAGGCCCGGAGGAUUUCUACGCCCGUCGCUUCAUUCGCCGCAUCCAGGACUGUUUUUGGCGACCAAUAGCCAGCAAGCCAGACGCUUGGUUCGACGUGGUUGAGCGCUACUCAAACGACAAUAACAAGACACUCAUUCGUACGACAAAAACAUCUAAGUGCCUUAACUUAGGUUCCUACAACUACCUUGGCUUUGCUGCAGCAGAUGAAUACUGCACCCCUCGUGUUCUUGAAUCUCUGAAGAAAUACUCUGCUAGCACUUGCAGUGUCCGAGUCGAUGGAGGCAACACUAAGCUGCAUGUGGAGCUUGAAGAGCUGGUUGCAAGAUUUGUUGGCAAGCCUGCAGCUAUUAUCUUCGGCAUGGGUUAUGUGACUAACUCUGCAAUUAUUCCUGCCUUGAUUGAGAAGGGAGGCCUCAUAAUUAGUGAUUCACUGAACCACAACUCUAUUGUGAAUGGAGCUAGGGGUUCAGGAGCUAGUGUUCAAGUAUUUCAACAUAACAAUCCUGCACACUUGGAAGAGGUAUUGAGAAAGCAGAUUGCAGGAGGCCAGCCUCGCAGAAACAGGCCAUGGAAGAAGAUAAUUGUGAUUGUGGAGGGAAUAUAUAGUAUGGAGGGGGAGCUAUGCAAACUCCCUGAGAUUAUAGCUGUCUGCAAGAAAUAUAAGGCUUACUUAUAUUUAGAUGAGGCACACAGUAUUGGAGCUGUGGGUAAAACUGGGCGAGGUGUAUGUGAGCUACUAGGAGUGGAGCCAGCUAAUGUUGAUAUUAUGAUGGGGACAUUUACUAAAUCAUUUGGAUCAUGUGGAGGUUACAUUGCAGCAUCAAAAGAGAUUAUUGAUCAUCUGAAGCACAUAUGCCCUGCCCAUAUCUAUGCAACCUCCAUGUCACCUCCAGCCGUCCAGCUGGUCAUCUCUGCAAUAAAAGUUAUCCUUGGUGAAGAUGGAUCUAACAGAGGAGCCAAGAAGCUUUUUCAGAUUCGAGAGAACAGCAAUUUCUUCCGUUCACAGCUUCAGAAAAUGGGUUUUCAAGUUCUUGGAGACAAUGACUCGCCUGUCAUGCCUAUCAUGCUGUACAAUCCUGCUAAAAUACCUGCAUUCUCAAGAGAGUGCCUGAGACAACACGUUGCCGUUGUUACUGUUGCAUUUCCUGCAACGCCACUACUGCUUGCCAGAGCUAGGAUAUGCAUCUCAGCUUCCCACUCUAGGGAAGAUCUUAUUAAAGGAUUGGAGGUUAUAAGCAAAGUUGGCGACCUCGUGGGAAUCAAAUACUUGAAGCAUGAAAAGACUACAUCCGUGGAGGAACUGAAGAAGAUUCAGUGAACAAUGAUAACUGGAACUCUGGAAGCAAUACACUCCAUACACUAGAUUUGUACAGCUUUGUUUCUGAAGUUGUUUAGAUUUGUACAGCUUGUAUUAGGAGCUCCUUGUAUUAUCAUGUAUCAUAGUUCAAAGCACAAGUAGUUUUCUCGAAU